UUCUUCUCGGGGUUUGCCGUCGAUCCGUUCUGCACGAUGAUGGCGGCGGCUACAUAAACAUGGAAGCCAUUGAAUGAAUUUGAGAUCUACGCUGUAAGGUGUACCACGACUCGGUGCUUUUACCGGAACUUCUUGGUCACCUUCUGCCACGAGUAUUCUCGCCCUUUUCAGGGCCUGGUCCGGGUUUACCUAAGCCACCAUGGGUGGAGGAAAACAAAAUUUAUAUCUACAUCUCCGACGUUGGGCAUGCUACAUUUUUAAGGGUCUAAGGCAACUUCCGGACGGCUUGAACACCAGCUCCCAGCGGUGGCUACUGGUCAGUGCAUAUUAUGGGAAGGUCGCAGAGGUUGUGGAAACGGCGAUUCGUCACCGCCAGGCCUAG